AUGGAAAGAUUAACCAUAAAAAUAUUUGUAUUUAUUAUAGUAUUUUUUACUUCAAGGUCCACACAGUUGGAACUUGACAUUAUGAAAGAUAUUGUAAUUAAAAAUAAAGAACCUCUCCAAAAAGAUAUCUAUCCAGUUACUAUUUCAAGAAUUAUUGCGAUUAAAGAUCAAUUUAAAGUUUUUGGUGGAUCAAACGCAGAUAGUUCAAUAAAAGAGCAUUCUUCUAUUUUCAGUAGUAUGUCAAACAAUCUGAAAGAGUUCAUGGGAUCAAACCAAAAAGACACAUCUGGAAGUAAUAGGGGUGCAUUUGUUAUUUAUGACACGAAUGACUAUCCUUUUGCGUGCAACUGCAACUCUGCACAGUAUCAGAACUGGAAAGAGACUGGCGCGAAUUCUACUACAAAAGUAGAAUGUACCAAUACAAUUAACACGGGAAUAUUCAAUAGUAAUGAUAUUGAUUAUUGUGAUCCUACAAAUAUUGCAGCAUCACAAAGUGUCUGA